AUGUCCCUCCGCUGCAGAGUGGCGUGGAAAACCUGCACAGGAAUGCGAGCAAGAGAGAUCAAGGCUGAGCUAAUGGACAGUGGAGUCGACACGUCGGACAUUUUCGACAAGGAUGAUCUGGCGAAGCGUUUGUUCGACCUCCGAACGGGCGCCAUCCAUGGCUCUCCUUCCCCUACCGAGCCGAGCUCCGGAGCUGGGUCGGUGGAGGCAACCGCCGAGGCGGAGGCCAAGGAGGAUGAGGAGGCAGAGGCGCCAGUGGAGGACUUCGUGCAGAAGUGCCGCGACAUGAGCGUAAAGGAGCUCCGAACAGAGCUGGGAACUCGAAACAUCAAGUGGGCCGAUGCCUUGGACAAGGACGACUUGGUCCAGAGGCUGGCUCCUGUACUUGCUGAGGAGGCUGCUAUGGCCGCGAAGGGCCCAUUGAGACCCGGCCAGGAGCGCUGGUGCCUUCUGGCAAAGUUCGCUGUAGUGCGUGUGGAUUUUUCUCUACGACUGGCCAUGGCUCGGACAUUUCGACCGGGCGACCGGGUGACGGUCGCCCAGACGCAGCUGUGUGGGACAGUGAAGUUUAUUGGUGCCACGGAGUUCGCGGCCGGUGAGUGGAUGGGCAUUGAGCUGGACGAGAAGGCCGGGAAGAACAAUGGCAGCGUCAAGGGCAAGUGCUACUUCGACUGCAAGCCAGAGCACGGCCUUUUCGUGAGGCCAACCGCCGUCACCAAGAUUCAAGCCGUGGAACCGCUUCCAGAGGUCAAUGUGCAGAAGCCUCCACCAGGCGCCUCGUUGCACAAAACCCCGUCGCCGCCCGCAGUGCCGCCGGCAGCCUCUGCCCCAAAGGUCACUCUCCAGCCGGCCUUGCUGGUAGUGCCACAGCCGCAUGCCUCCUCGCCUCCAAGACGCAUCAGCAAAGUGGAGGAAGGAGACAAGACGCGUGAAGCUGGCGUCCAGCUUGAGCUGGCGCAGGCCAUGGAGGACCACGACGCGGACUCUAUUCGAAGGCUUCUCCCAGUGGCCAUGAACCUGGGCCUGCCUCCGGAGGUGAGGCAGACCAUGCAGGAGGAGGUGGAUGCUGUUUGCAGCUCCAUCUCGCAGCUGGCACAGUCGAUCACCAACUUAGAGGUCAUUGGCCGACUCGGCACCGAGCUGGAGAGGAGAGUGUGGGAGAAGCUCGAGAGCAAGAUUCACAGCAUCGUUGAGAGUGCGAUGGCCAAGGUUCCAGCUCCAGCUCCCAGGCCAGUCCUGGAACUGGAGGCCUUCCGCUUUGAGCACUUCGACCUCAACGGGGACGGGAUCAUUACCCGCGAUGAAUUUGAGGAGGCUCGCCAGAUGAUCAUGUCAGGACAUGGAGGCAAGACCUUUCCACCGGCCGCCAAAGUUGCCGAGAAGCUCCCGCAGAAGAUAGAUGCCACGAGGCCUCAGCGAGAGCAAGCCCCGCGUGCUGUCAUGCGGCAACUGUACUCCCAGGCUGCUCAGCGACUGCAGGUGCUGGAGCGUGCCUCAAAACACCCGGAUGUCGAGGCGGCGCAACUGGUAGUCAAACAUUUGAUACAGAAGGGGCUGCAGAAAGCGCUCCUCAUGGCGCCGCAUGCCCUCGCGGAGGCGCAGCAGGACAUCGCGGCCAUCCGUGCGUCAAAGCAGCGCAUCGAGGAUGCCACCAAGAGAGCGGAGGAGCGUGUAAACGCAGCUUCCACGAAGGUCCAGGCGAUGGCACGAGGGCGGCAGGCGCGACAGAAGAAAGACCUUCUGGAGAAGAGCGCCGUUACCUUGCAACGUGCCCUCCGCCGGCUUCGACAGCAGCGGCAUCAGGGCAAGAAGAUGGACUUUGUAGCAGUUGUCCGGGCGGUGAAGGGCCAGCGAAGGGAGUGGGCCAUGGAGUUCCAGAGGGUGGCGGGCGAGGAUGGCCUGGAUCAGCAGCCUUUCGUGGAAGCCCUGACCCGGGCCUGCGGCGAGAGCGUGUCCAGCCUGCAGGCAGAGAAGCUGUGGAUGGGAUACGUGCAGCAAAGCAAGCAUGCUGGGCCCAUGCUGUUGCCAACCUUCUGGGCGAUCUGCGACGCAGUUCUGCAGGGAGAUAUCCAGGCUGCCGAGUUUGCGGAUAUGACCGUGGAGGAGUACAUGUCCUACGCAUCCUCGACGCCGGAUGCCCUCGCGGAGGCGCAGCAGGACAUCGCGGCCAUCCGUGCGUCAAAGCAGCGCAUCGAGGAUGCCACCAAGAGAGCGGAGGAGCGUGUAAACGCAGCUUCCACGAAGGUCCAGGCGAUGGCACGAGGGCGGCAGGCGCGACAGAAGAAAGACCUUCUGGAGAAGAGCGCCGUUACCUUGCAACGCGCCCUCCGCCGGCUUCGACAGCAGCGGCAUCAGGGCAAGAAGAUGGACUUUGUAGCAGUUGUCCGGGCGGUGAAGGGCCAGCGAAGGGAGUGGGCCAUGGAGUUCCAGAGGGUGGCGGGCGAGGAUGGCCUGGAUCAGCAGCCUUUCGUGGAAGCCCUGACCCGGGCCUGCAGCGAGAGCGUGUCCAGCCUGCAGGCAGAGAAGCUGUGGAUGGGAUACUUGCAGCAGAGUGAGCAGAGCGGGCCCAUGGUACUGGCAACCUUUUGGGCAAUCUGCGAUGCUGUUCUGCAGGGAGAUGUCCAGGCUGCCGAGUUUGCGGACAUGACGGUGGAGGAGUACGUGUCCUAUGGACAAGCCGUGCCUCGACCAGGUUUGAGCAGGUUCUAUGUUUCUUGCACGGGCCAUGAUGACACCAUUAAAUUUCUUGUUCAGCAUAGUAGCAAAACUGGUGGAGCCCUUGCUUAA